CGCUGGGACGGAACCCGGGUACCUCCGAAACCCGGAAUGUGAGGCCUUGUCCCGGCCGUCCCCGCGCUGCCUGCCCUGCUCCGCGCCCGGGCGGGCGUCCGCCGCCGCCCCGCAGCUCGCUCCCCGGGGGAGCCCGGGCCGUGCCGCCCUUCAGCGCGCGCCCGCGUGGCUGCCGCCGCCCCUCCGAAGCCUCCGGGGCCGCAGAGGAGUUCGCUACGGAGGGAGGCGGGGGCCUUCGGGAGGAGGAGGCGGAGGAGGCGGAGGAGGAGGGAAGGAAGAUGGCGGCCGUGGAGCUCGAGUGGAUCCCAGAGACUCUCUAUAACACCGCCAUCUCCGCGGUCGUGGACAACUACAUCCGCUCCCGCCGAGACAUCCGCUCCCUGCCCGAGAACAUCCAGUUCGAUGUUUACUAUAAGCUUUACCAACAGGGACGCUUAUGUCAACUGGGCAGUGAAUUUUGUGAAUUGGAAGUUUUUGCUAAAGUAUUGAGAGCUUUGGAUAAAAGACAUUUGCUUCAUCAUUGUUUCCAGGCUUUGAUGGAUCAUGGUGUGAAAGUUGCUUCAGUCUUGGCCUAUUCAUUCAGUAGACGGUGCUCUUAUAUAGCAGAAUCAGAUGCUGCAGUAAAGGAAAAAGCCAUUCAGGUUGGCUUUGUUUUAGGUGGCUUUCUUUCAGAUGCAGGCUGGUAUAGUGAUGCUGAGAAAGUUUUUCUGUCCUGCCUUCAGUUGUGUACUCUACAUGAUGAGAUGCUUCAUUGGUUUCGUGCGGUAGAAUGUUGUGUGAGAUUGCUUCAUGUGCGAAAUGGAAAUUGCAAAUAUCAUUUGGGUGAAGAAACAUUUAAGUUGGCUCAGACAUACAUGGAUAAACUCUCAAAACAUGGUCAGCAAGCAAACAAAGCUGCACUCUAUGGAGAAUUGUGUGCUCUCCUGUUUGCAAAAAGUCACUAUGAUGAGGCAUACAAAUGGUGCAUUGAGGCAAUGAAAGAAAUCACAGCAGGUUUACCAGUCAAAGUUGUGGUGGAUGUUUUAAGACAAGCCUCUAAGGCUUGUGUUGUAAAACGUGAAUUUAAGAAGGCAGAACAGUUAAUUAAACAUGCUGUGUAUUUGGCAAGGGAUCAUUUUGGAUCUAAACACCCAAAAUAUUCUGAUACACUGCUAGAUUAUGGGUUCUACUUACUCAAUGUAGAUAAUAUCUGUCAAUCUGUUGCAAUUUAUCAGGCAGCCCUUGAUAUUCGGCAGUCAGUGUUUGGUGGCAAAAAUAUCCAUGUAGCAACGGCUCAUGAAGACUUGGCUUAUUCUUCCUACGUUCACCAGUAUAGUUCUGGGAAAUUUGACAAUGCACUAUUUCAUGCAGAAAGAGCUAUUGGUAUUAUUACCCACAUCCUACCUGAAGAUCAUCUUCUUUUGGCUUCUUCAAAGAGGGUGAAAGCACUUAUUUUAGAGGAGAUUGCCAUUGACUGUCAUAAUAAGGAAACUGAACAGAGGCUGCUUCAAGAAGCUCAUGAUUUGCACCUGUCUUCACUCCAACUAGCUAAAAAAGCUUUUGGGGAAUUCAAUGUACAGACUGCAAAACACUAUGGAAACCUUGGAAGACUUUACCAGUCAAUGAGAAAAUUUAAGGAAGCUGAAGAAAUGCACAUCAAAGCAAUUCAGAUUAAAGAGCAACUUCUUGGUCAAGAAGAUUAUGAAGUAGCCCUUUCAGUGGGACAUCUGGCUUCUUUGUAUAAUUAUGACAUGAAUCAGUAUGAGAAUGCUGAGAAGCUGUAUUUGCGAUCUAUAGCAAUUGGGAAGAAACUCUUUGGUGAAGGUUACAGUGGACUAGAAUAUGAUUACCGAGGUCUUAUUAAACUUUACAACUCCAUUGGAAAUUACGAGAAAGUGUUUGAAUAUCACAAUGUUCUGUCUAACUGGAAUCGGUUGCGAGAUCGACAGUAUUCAGUGACCGAUGCUCUUGAAGACGUCAACACCAGCCCCCAGUCCACUGAAGAAGUGGUGCAGUCCUUCCUGAUUUCUCAGAAUGUUGAGGGACCGAGCUGCUGAGGGAGGACUUCAGUUAACCAAUUUACCUUUUCCCAGAUUCCAGGGAAUUCAUACUGUGAAAUCAAAACCAUGUUGUUUUUUGGGGCUGGAAUUUGCAUUGAAACACUGGUCCAGUCCAUUGACCCUGUUUGGGUGAUCCCUAUCUUGCAGAGUAUCCGUAGGAAUAAGUAUAUAUUCAGUUAUAUUCAGCAUGUACCGCAUGUAUAAGUAGUCUGGCCCAUAUUUUCAAUCUAGUAGAAUAAAUAACAGGAGAUUUUUUUUUCUUUUUAAAAAAAUAAUUCAUUUUGCAGAAAGCCUGAAA